GAGAAAGCGGGGUCCUGGAAAAAGGCCUUUUCUGUUAUUCCUGCAGAAUCAUGACAUGCUCAGAAAAUCGGCUGUAACCAGAUAGAUUGCACUUCUUUACCUGCACUUCUUUACCUGCACUUCUUUACGUGCAAUGCUCACCUUAUGUGCACCAAGGGACUGCAGUACAAGGGGAUGGUUUAGGGUCUCCUCCCGAAAAUCUGGCAGUAGCUCAGGGUGCAGGCACAGCACUACACCUUCCUUCCACCUUCCUACUGCUCUGGAUUUCCCUUCUGCCCAGCAUCCCCACCACCAUCCCACCCCAGGGUGCCUCAUCCCCAUCACCAUUCCCUCCCAGCCCCUUUUGGCCCUGUUUGCUCUCCAGCCAAGCCUGGGAGGCACCACCUUUCCUUAUCUCCACCUUUCUACGAUAAAAUGAAGUUUUAAGCAAUAACAAUCAUGUUAGAAUGACACAAUUUAGCAUUUUCCUGCAUGGAGUCCUUGGUCCCACUGGCCCCCAGCUCUGGCUACAAGGACCUGAGGAGGGAACUGGGUUUGCUCUGGCUGCUGUUCAGCAACAGCCUGAGGCUUCAAGCUCAGCCUUGCACCUACAGACCCUGUUUUUAUGCCUGGAGCACAUAAAUGGAUUCUGGACAAGCUCAAAGCUCAGCAUUCAGUGAAAACAGGGAAUCACCAGCACUGAAUGCAUGUUGUAAAUGUCCCUUUCCCAGGGUGUAGCCCAAGUAAGAUUCAGAUUUCAGUUUUAUGAUGUUUUCAGCCCAAACCAAAACAAAAAAUCCUGAAUCAGCCAUGACCAAAAAUUGCAGCUCUGAAUCAAAAUGUCUGAACCCAAGGUUGUUCCAGCCCCGAGCUAAGAUCUGAAGUUCUUUAAUUUCAAAAAUAAGUGUAGGCCAAAUUUGGAGCUAGGUCCUGUUUCUCACAGAGUACUGGACAUGGCUGGUACAAGGUUGCCUUCCCAGUGUCAGCAUCACACUUGGCCUGAAGGACUCAUUGUUGUGUACUCUGUGCAGAAUUAGGCACUUACAUAUUUUUUCCUCCUGAGACACCACCAAAAGGCUACAAAUUCGCUCUGCAUCUCCCCAGGAUCUGACUGUGGGUUUAAAUGCUAUUUAUUUCCAUUCAGCAAGGAGGAUAUUUCUGCUUUUUUCCAUGGUCUCUGCUGUUCUGUUUUGGUUUUAUCUCCAAAAUAACUGAUUUAGCAAGAGUGACCCCUGUAAACUUUCUCAAGAGGGUGGACUUUCUCCUCCCAGCUGUAUUAAUUGAUUUAAUUUAUCUUAAAUUUGAUUGCAGUGAGCACCCCUAAUUAACCUGAUUUUUUGCUGAUAAUCACUCCCAAUGGAAUCAAAUCACAAAUCCGGGGAUGGAUUGACCGGCACACAGAAAGAAGCCGCCCUCCGUGCGUUAAUUCAGCGAACGGGAUAUAAUUUGAUCCAGGAAAAUGGGCAGAGGAAAUAUGGGGGACCACCACCGGGCUGGGAUGGCCCUCCACCAGAGAGGGGCUGUGAGAUCUUCAUUGGGAAACUGCCCCGAGACCUCUUUGAGGAUGAACUUAUCCCCCUCUGUGAAAAGAUUGGCAAAAUCUAUGAGAUGAGGAUGAUGAUGGACUUCAAUGGCAACAACAGGGGCUAUGCCUUUGUGACCUUCUCCAAUAAACAGGAGGCCAAGAAUGCAAUAAAGACACUCAAUAAUUAUGAAAUCAGGAACGGGAGACUCCUGGGGGUCUGUGCCAGCGUGGACAACUGCCGCCUGUUCGUGGGGGGCAUCCCCAAAACCAAGAAGAGGGAGGAAAUCCUGGCAGAGAUGAAGAAGGUCACGGAUGGCGUCGUGGAUGUCAUCGUCUACCCCAGUGCAGCCGACAAAACCAAAAACAGGGGCUUUGCUUUCGUGGAGUACGAGAGCCACCGAGCAGCAGCCAUGGCCAGGAGGAAGCUGCUCCCAGGAAGGAUCCAGCUGUGGGGACACCCCAUCGCCGUGGACUGGGCAGAGCCAGAGGUGGAGGUGGAUGAGGACACCAUGUCCUCAGUGAAAAUCCUCUACGUGAGGAACCUCAUGCUCUCCACCACCGAGGAGACCAUAGAGAAGGAGUUCAACAGCAUCAAACCAGGUGCAGUGGAGAGAGUAAAGAAAAUUAGAGACUAUGCUUUUGUGCACUUUAAUAAAAGAGAACACGCAGUGGAGGCCAUGAAAGCCUUGAAUGGGAAGGUUCUGGACGGGUCCCCCAUCGAGGUGACGCUGGCCAAGCCGGUGGACAAGGACAGCUACGUGAGGUACACGCGUGGCACGGGCGGCAGGGCGCCGGUGCUGCAGGGCGACUACACCUACACGCUGGGCCACCUGUACGACCCCGCCGCCGCCUACCUGGGCGCCCCGGUCUUCUACGCACCCCAGGCCUACGCGGCCAUUCCCAACCUGCACUUCCCGGCUGCCAAGGGGCUCGGCAGCAGGAGCAUCCUCCGGCCGCCCUCCGUCCGAGAAAUUUACAUGAAUGUACCUGUAGGGGCUGCGGGCGUCCGAGGCCUGGGAGGCCGCGGCUACCUGGCGUUCCCGGGCCUGGGGCGUGGAUACCACCUCAAGGGAGACAAGAGGGGAGAGGAAAAGCUCUACGACCUCCUGCCAGGGAUGGAGCUCACCCCCAUGAACCACAUCACCCUAAAGCCCCAAGGGAUCAAACUCGCCCCCCAGAUCUUAGAAGAAAUCUGCCAGAAAAACAACUGGGGACAGCCUGUGUACCAGCUCCACUCUGCCAUUGGCCAGGAUCAAAGACAGCUCUUCCUCUACAAAAUCACCAUCCCUGCCCUUGCCAGCCAGAACCCCACCAUACACCCUUUCACACCGCCCAAGCUCAGCGCCUACAUCGACGAGGCCAAGACCUACGCGGCAGAGUACACCCUGCAGACCCUGGGCAUCCCCGUGGAGGGGGCAGAGGUGCCUCCUGCAGCGCCAGCUUUUCCAGGGUACACCAUUGCUAACGCAGCUGCCACUGUCACAGCCACUCAGCUGAAGCAAGCAGUGACAAUGGGACAAGAUUUGGCCACGUAUGCCACCUACGAAGCCUAUCCUGCCUUCGCUGUCGCCGCACGGAGCGACGGCUACGGAGCCUUUUAACCCAAUUCCCUCCAACCCAGCACAGGCAGAAAGGAAAAGAAAAACAAUCUCAGUCUGGUAAUUCAACACCCUCAUGAUUUCAAGCUAAUCUGUGGCCCAAGGUUCAUUUUAGUUGGAGUUUCAGUCUUGUAGGUCUUUAGUUUUGUAUCCGGAUGUUAAGGGGGGGGAGGAAAGGAGGAAUUUUUAAAAAUAGUGAAAAAUCGGAUUUUCACACUAGAAAGCAAAAGC